AUGUCCCAGUCCAGCGACAUUCAAUCUCCCUCUAUUGAGGUGCAAAACCUCUCCUAUAAAUUCCAGGACGGCUCGGAUGGCCUGGAGAAUGUGUUACUCAGUCUCCCCUCGGGCAGUCGGACACUACUGAUUGGAGCAAAUGGCGCGGGAAAAACCACCUUGCUGCGCUUGCUGUCAGGUAAACGCCUGGCUCCUACCAAUACCAUUGCAGUUGGCGGGAAAGACCCAUUCAAGGACAGUCUAGAGGGCGUUACCUAUCUCGGUGUCGAAUGGGUGCUCAACGCUAUCGUUCGCACUGACAUUGAUGUCCCCACUCUUCUCGCCUCCGUAGGCGGAAAUGCUUACCCAGAGCGACGUGAUGAGCUGGUAGAUAUCCUCGAUAUUGACCUUAAUUGGCGCAUGCAUGCCGUUUCAGAUGGUGAACGUCGUCGUGUCCAGCUUGCCAUGGGUCUGUUGCGGCCUUGGAAAGUCCUGCUCCUUGAUGAAAUUACUGUUGAUCUUGAUCUUCUUUCUCGGAGCAACUUCCUCGCUUUCCUGAAGCGUGAAACUGAGACCCGGGACUGUACUAUCGUCUAUGCUACCCAUAUUCUUGAUAAUCUUGCUCAGUGGCCAACUCACCUGGUGCAUAUGCAUUUGGGUAAAGUCAAGGCUUGGGGCCUCGUAGAGCAAUUCUAUGCUCAGGUUCCGGAGUGGAUUUCUGAGAAUAGCCGACUCGGUGAGUUGGUUCUCAAAUGGUUGAAGGAGGACCUAGACGCUCGAGGACCUCGAAACAACCGGGGCAACCAAGCCAAAACCUAUGAUGCUGGUGGCAUCGGCGGAUACGGUCUGGAGGCUGCGGAUAAAAAGGCUUAA